AUGAUCCCUGUGCAAUGCUCCAAUAUCAGUUACCUGAAAUUCUCCGAACACCUUUGCAAGAGCUAUGCCUCCACAUCAAAAGUUUGCAGCUUGGAGCUGUUGGGUCUUUUUUGGCUAAGGCACUUCAGCCAACAGAUCCUUUUUGCUGUUCAAAAUGCUAUCGAACUUCUCAAAACCAUUGGAGCUUUAGAUGACAUAGAGGGCUUACUCCACUUGUUGAUUGACAAAUCUUACAUGACAGGUCACCAUCUUUGCACACUACCAUUGGAUCCAAACAUUGGGAAGAUGUUUCUAAUGGGUUCUAUCUUUCAAUGCCUGAAUCCUGCUUUAACAAUUGCAGCUGCCCUUGCUCAUCGUGACCCUUUUGUCCUACCAAUAAAUAAGAAAGAGGAUGCUGAUGCUGCAAAACGAUCCUUUGCUGGUGAUUCAUUAAGUGUUAAAACUGUUCACCCGUUUUGCGUUUACUCCUAUGAUGGAAGGGCAAAGUUCCCCACUGCCUUGAGAACCAUAGACUGGUCAACAAAUCAGCUUUCUUUGGUGUGCGAGUGUGCCACUGCUAUUGCUGAUUUAUGCAAACAAGCGAUUGUGAAUUUGGGUGAGGAAUAUCUCCCAAAAAGAGAUGAAGAGACAGCUGGAACUCCAUUUCUGUCGAGAUGGAAGGUUCUGAUCCGGGCUGGACUGGAAAUGCCUGGGCUGGACUGGACCGUUGACAACUUUGACUGUUAG